AUGUCUACAGCCUCCGCCGCUUCUUCCUCCUCCUCGUCUUCCGCCGGUGAGAUGAUCGAAGCCCCCUCCCAAGUCCUCAACUUUGAAGAGAUAGACUACAAGGAGAUCGAGGUGGAAGAGGUUGUUGGAAGAGGAGCUUUUGGAGUAGUAUGCAAAGCCAAGUGGAGAGCAAAAGAUGUUGCCAUUAAACAAAUAGAAAGUGAAUCUGAGAGGAAAGCUUUUAUUGUAGAGCUUCGACAGUUAUCGCGUGUGAACCAUCCUAACAUCGUAAAGCUAUAUGGAGCCUGCUUGAAUCCAGUGUGUCUUGUAAUGGAAUAUGCUGAAGGGGGCUCCUUGUAUAAUGUGCUGCAUGGUGCCGAGCCAUUGCCAUAUUACACCGCUGCCCACGCAAUGAGCUGGUGUUUACAGUGUUCCCAAGGAGUGGCCUAUCUUCACAGCAUGCAGCCCAAAGCUCUAAUUCACAGGGACCUGAAACCACCAAACUUGCUGCUGGUUGCAGGGGGGACAGUUUUAAAAAUCUGUGAUUUUGGUACAGCCUGUGACAUUCAGACGCACAUGACCAACAAUAAGGGGAGUGCUGCUUGGAUGGCACCUGAAGUUUUUGAAGGUAGCAAUUACAGUGAAAAAUGUGAUGUCUUCAGUUGGGGUAUUAUCCUUUGGGAAGUGAUAACACGUCGGAAACCCUUUGAUGAAAUUGGUGGCCCGGCUUUCCGUAUCAUGUGGGCUGUUCAUAACGGUACUCGACCACCACUGAUCAAAAAUUUACCUAAGCCCAUUGAGAGCCUGAUGACUCGUUGUUGGUCUAAAGAUCCUUCUCAGCGCCCUUCAAUGGAGGAAAUUGUGAAAAUAAUGACUCACUUGAUGCGGUACUUUCCAGGAGCAGAUGAGCCGUUACAAUACCCUUGUCAGUAUUCAGAUGAAGGACAGAGCAACUCCGCUACCAGUACAGGCUCCUUCAUGGACAUCGCUUCUACAAACACCAGUAAUAAAAGUGACACUAACAUGGAACAAGUUCCUGCCACAAACGAUACAAUUAAACGCUUAGAAUCAAAAUUGUUGAAAAACCAGGCAAAACAACAGAGUGAAUCUGGGCGUUUGAGCUUGGGAGCUUCUCGUGGGAGCAGCGUGGAGAGCUUGCCCCCGACCUCUGAAGGCAAGAGGAUGAGUGCCGAUAUGUCUGAAAUAGAAGCCAGGAUUGCUGCAACCACAGCCUUUUCCAAGCCUAAACGGGGCCACCGUAAAACCGCUUCAUUUGGCAACAUUCUGGAUGUCCCUGAGACCGUCAUAGCAGGUAACGGGCAGCCAAGACGUAGAUCCAUCCAAGACUUGACUGUUACUGGAACAGAUCCUGGUCAGGUGAGCAGUAGGUCAUCCAGUCCUAGCGUCAGAAUGAUCACUACCUCAGGACCAACCUCAGAAAAGCCAGCUCGCAGUCAUCCAUGGACCCCUGAUGAUUCCACAGAUACCAAUGGAUCAGAUAAUUCCAUCCCAAUGGCUUAUCUUACACUGGAUCACCAACUACAGCCUCUAGCACCAUGCCCAAACUCCAAAGAAUCUAUGGCAGUGUUUGAACAGCAUUGUAAGAUGGCACAGGAAUACAUGAAAGUCCAAACAGAAAUUGCAUUGUUAUUACAGAGAAAGCAGGAACUAGUUGCAGAACUGGACCAGGAUGAAAAGGACCAGCAGAAUACAUCUCGUCUGGUACAGGAACAUAAAAAGCUUUUAGAUGAAAACAAAAGCCUUUCAACUUACUAUCAGCAAUGCAAAAAACAGCUAGAGGUCAUCAGGAGUCAGCAGCAAAAACGACAAGGCACUUCAUGAUUCUCUGGGACCCUUAAAUUUCAAAAUAUGCAAAGAAAGACUUUUUUUUUUUAAGGAAAGAAAAACGCUUAUAAUGACAGUUCAUGCGUGUUAGCUUUUUGGCGUGUUCUGAAUGCCAGCUGCCUAUAUUUGCUGCAUUUGUUUCAUCGUUUAUUUUCCUUUUCUCAUGGUGGACAUGCAAUUCAACUGUCUCCUUACAUCACAUGGGGGCAUCUGUACUUGAAUAAGCAGCAGUUCGCAACUUCAGAACAGAUGCAGUGAACCAUGCCUGUAUAUGCAUGCUCGUUGUGUGAAGGCUAGCCUAAGGAAAACAGGGGUGUCAAACUAGCUGCUAUGAGCAAACAUCGUCUUUUUUUCGAGGUGGAACCUCAAGAAUGAUUUUGUUCUUGUAUCUCAUCUCAAACAACCAGUAAUCUUUUUAUCUAAAAGAUGGUAUAUACCAAGUUAAAGACAGGGUAUUAUAAAUCUAGAAUAAUUGGUGGUACAUUAUAGAAAUGCAGAAACUUUAGGGAUAGGUGAAAGGGAGGGCUUUGAUGCCAGCAUCCUUGGAUCAGUACUGAACUUUAUCCAUAAACUUAAGGUAAGUGAUCGCCGCUAUAUUUAAUAGAAGUGUUCUUUAGACUUAAAUUUGACUAUGAUACAUUGAACAAAGUGGAACCCUUUUUUUAAAAGGUAUAAAGAUUUUUAAUUCUGUGAUUGCGUGUAUGUGUGCUGAAACUAUAAAGCUUUUAUGACUCUAAUGUUAAUAUCCUUUAAAUGAAAUUAAAAGGUAAAUGAACAUGAUACAACUUAACCGAUCAUUCCUUCCUGCAGUGAUUAUUGUAUUGUUUUAUUGUAUAUUUGAAAAACUGAAGAGAAAUCAUGGAAAAUGGAAAUAAUUGCUCCAGCUAAAAGGCUCAGGCCUAAACUACUUAUAUGAUACCAAAUGAGUAAAAAACCUAACAAAUCAGGACAAGUUAGUGAGGAAGUUAAAGGAAUAAGUCUCAAUUCAUCAAGUAUCCUAUUUAUCAAUAUUGGAAUGAUUGAUUUUCCUUGCAAGC